GCUCAGCGCCGCUCGCUAUUUGUUCGCUCUCUGCCUGAGUCUACCACGUCCGAAUCUCUGACCGAAAUCUUUUCCGCUUCCUUCCCCAUCAAGCACGCCGUCGCCGUUACCGACAAGGAGUCAAAGAAGUGCAAGGGCUAUGGUUUCGUCACGUUCGCCGACGCUGAGGACUGCCAAAAGGCAAAGGAAGAAUUCAACGGCUUUGCUGUCGACGGCAAGAAGUUGCGUUGCGAGGUUGCCGAACCUAGACACCGUGAGAAGGGCGCCGCUGCUCAAUCUGCUGGCGAGAAGUUCAGAGAGGGCCAGGCAAAGGAGAGAGCUGCUGCUCAGGUCCCGAGACUGAUCGUUCGUAACCUUCCAUGGAGCAUCAAGUACCCGGAUCAACUGGCCAAGCUUUUCCAAAGCUAUGGAAAGGUCAAGCACACCGUCCUUCCAAAGGGCAAGACUGGACUCCUGCGUGGUUUUGGUUUCGUCAUCAUGCGUGGCAGACCCAAUGCUGAGAAGGCUAUUGAAGGUGUCAACGGAAAAGAGAUUGAUGGAAGACAAUUGGCCGUUGAUUGGGCUGUUGACAAGGAGACCUGGGAGAACACCCCUCAGGAGGAGACUAAAGAGACGGAUACAACCAUGGAAGAUGCUACCGAGGACGAUGCAGCCGACGGUGCCGAUGAGCACAUCAUGGACGAGGAUGACGACGAGUCUGGUUCGGAGGAUGAAGACGAAGAUGAGGAUAUGGACGAAUUGGAUGACGAUGAGGACGAGGAGGAUGUUAAGCCGAGAACAGAGGACAACUCAUCCACCCUUUUUAUCCGCAAUCUGCCUUUCUCAUGCACCGACGAGGAUCUCGAGGACCACUUUACUCAAUUUGGCUCAGUUCGCUACGCAAGAAUUGUUGUCGAUCACGAGACUGAGCGCCCUAGAGGUACUGGUUUCGUCUGCUUCUACGAAGUUGAAGACGCCGACAAUGUUCUCAAGAUUGCACCUAGACACCAGCCUCCCCGCCCGAACGACCCCAAGGCCAAAGACGGUUCUAUUCAGAUGACCCACUCUGUCCUCCAAAACGAGGACGCCGAUCCCACUGGAAAGUUCACUCUGGACGGACGCGUUCUGCAGGUAUCCCGUGCGGUCAACAAGAGCGAAGCCAACCGCCUGACCGAGGAGGGUGCUGCUAACCGCUUCAAGCGUGACACAGACAGAAGACGUCUAUACUUGCUGUCUGAGGGAACCAUUCCGUCCAACUCCCCUCUGUACGAGCAGCUUCCUCCUUCAGAGAGAACUAUGAGAGAAGCCAGUGCCAAGCAGAGAAAGACCCUCAUCGAGAGCAACCCUUCUCUUCACUUGAGUCUGACCCGUCUCUCUGUUCGUAACAUUCCCAGAUCUGUUACAUCAAAAGACUUGAAACAACUCGCCAGAGAGGGUGUUGUUGGUUUCGCUACUGAUGUCAAGGAGGGCAAGCGCCAACGUCUCAGCAAAGAAGAACUCAGCAGAGGUGGUGAAGAUGAGGCCAGAGCUGAGGCUGAACGCAAGAAGCGUGCCAAGGGUAUUGUCAAGCAAGCAAAGAUCGUCUUCGAAGGUCGCGAGGGCGCUAAAGUGGACGAGAAGAGUGGUGCAGGCCGUAGUCGUGGAUACGGUUUCAUCGAGUACUACACCCACCGUUCAGCGUUGAUGGGUCUUCGUUGGUUGAACGGUCACGCUAUUGGCUACCAAGCACACGAACAGAAGGGCAAGGGCAAGAUGUCGCAAGAGAUGAUUGCGGAUCGCAAGAAGCGAUUGAUCGUCGAGUUCGCCAUCGAGAACGCACAGGUUGUCAAGCGAAGAAAGGAGAUGGAGGAGAAAUCUCGUGAGCGUUCAUUUGCUGCUACCGCACCCACCGCAGACGGCAAGAGACAGUCUUCAGGCCGUGACACCAAGUCUGGUGCUGGCAAAGGAGGCAAGUUCGACCGCAAGCGCAAGCGAGACGCCAAGGACGAGGCUCCUGUCGAUGAGGAGAAGAACAAGAAGGCUCCCGCCGAUGAGAAGUUGGCGAAGCGUCAGCAAAUCAUUCAGAAGAAGCGUAUGGCUCGCCGUGCACGCAAG